AAAGAGGUUCGGCAUAGGCAGAAAAUGCUAGUAAACAGAGCGCAAGACCUCUCCCCAACUCUAACCACCAUCGCCACCAGCUUCCCUUCCUUAAACCCUAACGCCUGCAAAACCCUUAUGCGCACUAACCCUUUUUCUUCUCUCUCUUUCCUCCGCCUUUUCCGCCCUCUUUCCCACACCCAAGUCCUCGUUUUCAGCCCCCGUAUCCCCCACCCUACCCCACAACUGCCCCCUUCAUUUUCCCGCCACCGUUUCUUCUGUUCUUCCUCUUUCUCGGCCGCUUCCGUUAGUUUCAUCGCUGAGAAGGAAGGGGAAGAGAAGUGGGAUUCUUCAAACACUGAGAAUGAAGCAUUUGCUUUUGAAGAUGAUGGUGGGGUUUUUGCGGGGAACGAUAUGAAGCAUUUGGUUGCGCCGGAGAUGGAAGUGAAGGAGUUGGAAGAGUUACCUGAACAUUGGAGAAGGUCGAAACUUGCUUGGCUUUGCAAGGAGUUGCCUGCUCACAAGGCGGGGACUUUGGUUAGGAUUUUGAAUGCGCAGAAGAAGUGGAUGAGGCAAGAGGAUGCUACUUACUUGGCGGUUCAUUCUAUGAGAAUUCGCGAAAAUGAGACCGGGUUCAGGGUCUAUAAGUGGAUGAUGCAGCAACAUUGGUAUCGAUUUGAUUUUGCUCUUGCUACCAAGCUAGCAGACUACAUGGGCAAGGAGAGGAAGUUUGCAAAAUGUCGGGAGAUAUUUGAUGACAUAAUCAACCAGGGACGUGUGCCUAGUGAAUCUACAUUUCAUAUUUUGAUUGUUGCAUAUCUUAGUUCACCAGUUCAUGGUUGCCUGGAUGAAGCAUGUAGCAUUUACAAUCGGAUGAUUCAGUUAGGAGGUUACCAACCACGUCUUAGCUUGCAUAACUCACUUUUCAGAGCUCUUUUGAGCAAACCAGGAGGCUCUUCAAAAUAUUAUCUAAAACAGGCUGAGUUUAUCUUCCACAAUUUAGAAACAUGUGGCCUUGAGGUACAAAAAGAUAUCUAUGGUGGCCUAAUUUGGUUGCAUAGCUAUCAGGAUACAGUGGAUAAAGAAAGGAUUAAAUCACUGAGGAAAAUGAUGCAAGAAGCAGGUAUGGAGGAGGGCAGAGAAGUGCUUGUGUCUAUCUUGAGAGCUUGUUCAAAGGAAGGGGAUGUUGAGGAAGCCGAAAGAACUUGGCUCAAACUACUUGAUUCCGAUGGCAAUAUCCCUUCUCAAGCUUUUGUAUAUAAAAUGGAAGUUUAUGCAAAGGUUGGAGGAAUUAUGAAAUCUUUGGAGGUAUUCAGGGAGAUGGAGAAGUAUUUGGGUUCUGCCAGUGUUGCUGCAUACCACAAAAUCAUAGAGGUUUUAUGUAAAUCCCAGCAAAUGGACCUUGCAGAAUCCCUCAUGAAAGAAUUCAUGGAGAGUGGUAAGAAGCCACUUAUGCCAUCUUACAUUGAGCUAACAGAUAUGUACCUCAAUGUGAGCUUACAUGAUAAAUUGGAGUCAACCUUCUUGGAGUGCCUAGAGAAGUGCCGACCCAAUCGUUCUAUUUACAAUAUAUACUUGAACUCUUUGGUUAAAGUAGGUAAUCUUGAGAAAGCAGGGGAAAUUUUUAGCCAAAUGCAUGGUAACGCGACAAUUGGUGUUAAUGCCAAAUCAUGCAAUACCAUUUUAGGUGGAUACCUCUCUUCUGGAGAUUUUUUGAAGGCAGAAAAAAUAUAUGAUCUGAUGUGGCAAAAGAAAUAUGAAAUUGAAUCUCCGUUGAUUGAAAAGCUUGACUAUGUCCUUAGCUUGAGCAGGAAAGAGGUUAAGAAACCUGUGAGCUUAAAGUUAAGCAAAGAACAACGAGAGAUUUUGGUGGGAUUGCUGUUGGGUGGUUUAAAGAUAGACUCGGAUGGAGAGAGGAAGAAUCACAUGAUACGGUUUGAGUUUAAUCAGAAUUCUUUUACACAUUCUAUUUUGAAGAGACAUAUUCAUGAUCAAUACCAUGAGUGGUUACAUCCUUCUACUAAGCCAACUGGUGGUAAUGAUGAUAUCCCACACAGAUUCAGUACCAUCUCCCACUCAUAUUUUGGUUUCUAUGCAGACCAGUUUUGGCCAAGGGGUCAACCAGUGAUCCCAAAGCUAAUUCACCGGUGGCUGUCCCCUCUUGUUCUUGCAUACUGGUACAUGUAUGGGGGCUACAAAACAUCAUGUGGGGAUAUUCUUUUGAAGCUGAAAGGAAGCCAUGAAGGUGUCGAGAAGGUUGUAAAAACAUUGAAAGCAAAGACACUUCAUUGCAGAGUGAAGAGAAAGGGGAAAGUGUUUUGGAUAGGAUUUCUAGGAAGCAAUUCUAUGUGGUUUUGGAAACUGGUAGAACCCUACAUAUUAGAUGACUUGAAAGAUUUCCUGAAGGCAGGCAGUGAUACCACAGAUGGAUAUGCAGUCGAAUCUCAAGAUAUCAACUUCGACAGUGCAUCUGAAUCUGAUGAAAAGGCUUCUGAUUACAACGAGGAUGAUAAUUAGUAAGGCAUAUACAAAUAAAUGAUGCCAAUCUUUCGAUUAGAACGUGGUUCAACAUAUUCAUCAGAAUUUUUUGGUUAACAAUUGCUAAGGGUGAUACAACUGAAUGUGUCUAGUUCUCUGGUUUCUGAAGCUAGGGACAUUUAGACUUGUCAGCCCAAAAGUAUUGGUGGCAUUAUGCGGCUGCAUGGGUAGUUUGUGUAUAUCUAUUAACUACUGAACCACUCCAAUGUAUACCAUCUUUUUGCUAGAGUAUAUAAUCUGUAUAUGUGUUCAUUUUAUGGU